CUGAAAAAAACCAAAGUCUCUGUCUCUGAAAAAUCAAAGCUUUGUUCUUCCCUGAUAGAUAAGGGUUUGUGAUUAAACAACAUCUCUGCCCUGAAUAUGAAGAAAAAAAAGGAGAAACAGAAGUGUACGCAGCCGGGAUAUAUCUAUUUUCCAUAUGGAAACAUUAGUGUGUAUGCUCAUAUGAGUAAGUUAACAUUGGAAUUCCCUCACAUGGACAAAGAUAAAACAGAUUUGAAGAUGUCGGAGAACAUGUUGCAUUCAAGGUUGGGUCUGGCUGAAGAAGAAAUAGUGCACUUAUAUUACACACCUGAUGAUCCAUGUUUGCUAGUAUGUUUGGUAACAAAUGAUGACUUCAUUAGGUUUUGGGACAAUUCUGUAGCCGAUGAUAAAGAUUUUACACAUCUUGUGAUGAUUACAACUAACUCUAAAUUUGAAGAUGAUGACUUCUUGAAUGCUGCAAUGGAACCUCCAGUGAUAAAAAUUGAUUAUGAGACACCUAAGAAGGAUGAGAGACCAAAGAAGAUUUGGAAGAUGAAUAAGAAGCCAGUUUCAAAGGAAAAGCCAAAGCUGCUUAGGAGGUCACCAAGGUUUCAAGCCUCUUGUAAAGUGCAAAUCUCAGAUCAACAAGGACCAUCAAUGAAAUUAUGUUUUGUGGAUUUGUUAAAUGAAGUGGAGAAUAUGUCAUGUUUGAGUGAAGCUAGUAGAGUAGGAACUAAUAGAACGCAAGGUAGCAGUCAACCUAGUCAAGAGAAGUUUAAUCAUGAUUACUGGGUUAAUAUAGCACAAGGAAGUAUUGUGGACAAUGAUGCAAUUGUAUAUGAAGAUGAGGACAGUGUGUAGAUAGAGAACACUGAUUUAGAUGAGUGUAACCCAGUUGAAUAUCCAGAUGCCCCUUUAAUAUUUGAUAGUGAUGAAGACAAUGAGAUUGGUUAUGAUGAAUAUGUAAAGUCAUAUAAAGUACCAGAUUACAAUGAGGAAUCAAGUAGCAUUGAAGAUGAAGAUGGUAGUGGUACUGAAGUUGAAGACAAAGAUGGUGGUGGUCCUGAAGUUGAAUUUAAAGUUAAUGGUGGUCCUCAAGUAGAGAUUGAUAAAGCUGGUGGCAAACCAAGUCGGUACAAUAAAUACCAACCAGAUAUCAACAACAUUGGUGAGGAUGAUGAUCCAUCUCUAUUCCCCGAAGAAGAUGAAAUACCACAAGUGAACCCUGAUAAGAUGUUGGUAAAGUAUGCUUUUCAUAACAAAAAACAAUUUAAAAAGCAUCUUAAAAGAUUUUGUGUCAAAAAUAAUUGGCAGUUCAAAUGUAAAAAAAGUUGUUCUAAGCAAGUUAGGGCUCAUUGUAGGUUUAAAGAUAAAUAUGAUUAUAAGUGGUGUGUAUAUGCUAGUAGAGUUGAUAAUGAGUCAACUUUUGCUGUUAGAAGUGUAAACUUGGAACACACAUGUGUAGGUGAUAAAAAAGGUUUUAAUACGUCUGCUGACCCUGAACUUGUAAAAGAUGUUGUAAUUGAAAAGUUGAGACAUAGUUAUGGGUCUUUCAUACCAAAGCCCAGGAAUAUUCUAGAAGACUUUGCAAUUACUCACAACAUCAAGAUUCCCUACAUUUGUGAAUGGAAAGCUAGGAAUCUUGUUUUAGAAGAAUUUUUUGGAAACUAUGAAGAAAGUUAUGCUGAAGUUCCUAAGUUCUAUUCAAUGGUGUCCAAGACUAACCCAGGAUCUGUUGCAAAGUUUAUAUAUGGAAGAAAAGAUUUCAAGUUUGAGAGCAUGACAAUAUCAUUUGCUGCACCAAUGAAAGCCUUUCAGGAGUCUUGCAGAGGUGUUGUAGAAUUUGAUGCAUGCCAUCUAACUGGAAAGUGGGGUGGUGUCUUAAUGGAUGCAACAACACUUGAUGGUGAGAAUAUAUUAGUGCCUUUAGGUAUUUCAGUGGUUAGAAGUGAAACUAAGGAAAACUGGUUACAGUUCCUCAAAAACUUGGCACCAGGGAUCUUAGAUCAUCAUAGUGGCAGAGUCACUUUUAUAUCAGAUCAGCAGAAAGGUUUGCUGGAAGCAGUUGCAGAGGUUUUUCCUGGUUCACCCGAUAGAUAUUGUUGGAGGCACAAUUACAAGAAUUUCAAGAAAUACUAUAAGUCCCCAACCUUGCACAGCUCAAUGUGGAAUGCUGCCAAAUGCUACAAGAUAAGGCAUUUUGAGGAAAAUAUGGCUGCUAUGUACAAAUAAAAUGAAGCAGCUGCACAGUAUCUUAUGAAACAGGGCUGCCAAAAUUGGUCUAGGGCAUUUUUUGAUCCUAUUAGUUGUUGUGAGCAUCUCAAUAACAACUUCUCUGAGUUUUUUAAUUCAAUGAUUUCUGAACUGAGAGACAAACCGAUAAUCAUUCUUGGCAUGUUGUAUGGUAAGUUAGUGAUGAAACUGUUUACUAAGAGGAGAGAACAAUGUACAAAGUGGAAAUCUGGAGAAUUGGUUCCUAAAGCUAAGGACCUUCUCAAAAAAAUGCUUGAUAUUAGUGAAAAAUUUCAUGUUCAAGGUAGUGUGGUUGGGGAGGUCUAUUUGGUUACCAACAGGUUCACCAGAAAAAUCUUCACAAUGAAUAUAAUAGAGAAGCAGCGUACUUGUUUGGAGUGGCAGUUUAGGGGAUUCCCCUGUCAACAUGCUAUGUCUGCAUUGAAUACAAUCUCACCAAAUUGGGCAGACUACUGCCCUCCUUACUAUUCAGUGGAUUGUUAUAGGACCACAUAUGCUCCACCUGUUUUCCCUUUGGAAGACAUAGCUGACUAUCCAAAGCCACCAAUGGAAAAUAAGAUCUUACACCCUCCAACCCAAAGAAAGCCUGGCAGACCUACAUCAAAGAGGAGGAGAAGUUAUGAUGAACCUCAAGCUGAGGUGAGGAAAAGGAGGUGUACUCAAUGUGGAUCCACAGAUGGUCACAACAAGAGAACUUGUAAAGGUGGUGAUGUAGGUAAGAAUCAAACUGUAUAUAGGCCAAGAACUGAGUGUGAUGCUGCCACUUUCACAAACAUAGAUAGAGCUGAAACCAGCACUGCAAGGGGUAAAGCAAAGAAGAAAGGGAAAACAUCAUAUGUUGGUGAGUCUUCCUUUCAUGGACUACCACCUCCAGUACCAAAUACUCAAAGAUCUGCAUCUGCAGGACCUAGCAACACCCAAAAUUUCAGUCAAUCCUUUGCUGGUAUAGAAUAUAUGGCUCAAAACAUUGCUACUGUCACAAAUGCCAAGGUAAAUAAGAAGUAAUGUGUGUGUCUGUUUUACCUUGUUGUUGGAGCUGUGAUCCUUUGUCUUUUGUUACUCUUCUGUUUCAAGUGCUUUUUGAGUCUGAACUUGUUUAGUGAUGACAAAACAAUGUUUUAUGGAUUAUUUCAAGUACCUUUUAAUAUUAAUCAAGUUUAUUGAA